AUGGAGGAGUGGAAGGAGGUGCACCUGAAGGAGCGGGUGGAGGACUACGAGAGCAACCAGCUCACCAAGCUGGGCCUCGAGGGCCUCUCGCUGGGUCCGCAGCUGCCGGAGCAGCUCCUGGAGUUCCUGCGUACGGGGUUCAUCCGAGCGCCCCAGCAGCUCAACGUGGAGCACAACAAGCUCGAGACCCUGCCCACCAGCCUCGACGACGUCCCGUGGCUCUCCCAGCUCCUCGCCCUCCAGUGCGCCGACAACCGCCUCUACGCCCUGCCCCAACACCUCGGCGCCCUCACCGCCCUCACCCGCCUCGAGCUGGACCGGAACGCGUUGACGUACUUGCCGGAGAGCAUCGGGCAGCUGAAGCAGCUCACCCACCUCUCCCUCGACUCCAACCAGCUCGCCGAGCUGCCCUCGGCCAUCGGCGACGUGGCGAGCCUGGAGGUGCUGCACCUGGCCAACAACAAGCUCACCCACCUCCCGCUGGACAUGAGCCGCCUGUCGCGCCUGCAGCAGCUGAUGAUCAACAACAACCACUUCGCCGCCUUCCCUCCCGUCAUCCCUCAGAUCACCUCCCUCACCAGCAUCUCCCUCGCCUUCAACGACGGCAUCAAGGAAAUGGCGCCUCUGGGGGCGCUCACGCAGUUGAAGGAGUUGCACGUGGAGGAGGGCAAGAAGGUCGGAAUCCCCGGCGAGCUGGUGGUCGGCGGGCCGGCGGCGAUCUUCGCCUACCUCACAUUCUUCGGCAAGUUCCCCUCGGUCCGCUUCGAUCUAGAGCGGCAUUGGAUUCCCGACGAGCAGGCCAGCCGCUGCGCCAUCUGCAACGCCAACUUCACCGCCUUCUUCCGCAAGGCACCACUUCCCCCCCUCCCGAUUCUCUGCAGCCCGCCCUGCUCACGUGUCGCGCGUAUCCACCACUGCCGGAUGUGCGGUCGCGUGACGUGCAAGAAGUGCACCGACAAGAAGCACAGCAUCCCGCCCAACAACGAGGGCACGCACAAGGUGUGCGACGAAUGCUACGGCCUGAUCGGAGGCCCCAUGUCGCCCCGCGGCUCCAACAACGCCCGAGCAAAGGACCAAAAGAAUGCGGCCAAGGCUGCCCAGCAGCAGCAGCAGGAAUGGGGCCUCACGGAAGCCGAUCGGCAGAGCCUGUCGGCCGACCAGCAGCGAUCCAAACUGACGGCACAGAAGAGCGACCUCGAUGCGCAGAUCACCUCCAAAACCCAAACACGGACUGGAGUCGCGAAGUUGGUCACGUUCUACGCCAAGGACCAGGCGGCGCAGAAGACUGCGAUGGCCGAGCUGGAGCAGUUGGACCAGGCCCUGGCCUCCCUCGCCGCCCAUCAGGCCACUGUCGCGCAGCAGCUGCUGGCCCUUGACUCCACCAACACAGCAGCCUACGCCGAGCAGCAACAAGAGGAGGUAGAACAACAACAGCAGCAACAAGAGGACGAAGAAGGUGAGCAGCAGGAGGCAGGGGCGCAGGCUGCAGCGAAGAGCCCGCGGGCAGCCGCGCCAGGCGGGCAGCCGGCGAAGGCCAAGGUCCUCUACACUUUCCAGGCCCAGAGCGAGGGGGAGAUCAACGUCUUCUCCGGCACCAUCGUCCACCUUGCGGAAUCGGCGCCCAACGGCGAUUGGUGGUUGAUUGAGUUUGGUGGCCAGUCUGGUUAUGUGCCUCAGUCCUACCUCAGCCCACUGUACUGA